UAUUAAUUAUUUUGAUCAAGAAAGAGAGAAGAGAGGAAACAGAAAGAAAAAGAUAUAUAUAUUAUUAUGUAAAAUAAAACGAAAUAAAUUACUUCAAACUUUGCAAGCGAAAAUUAAUCGUAGGACAAUUGCUAUCAUUACUUUUCAUGCUAACAACUAUAUUCUGCUGCUGUUCCGUCUAAAGAAUGCGUUUGUAUCGCGUAGACGAUUCGUUUUCCGACGAUAAUCCGACAAUAAUCUUCCGUGAUUCAAUUAACUAAGAAAGUAGAUUAAGUCCCUUAAGGGCUUUAAAGUCAAGGUGCAUACUAUCAAGGCCAACUUCCGUGAAAACAUCGCGCUCAACGAAGACGCAUUGCGGGGUAACGAACGAUCGAUGAAAACGAAUCCUUACAAUAUUUCUCCUCUGUUAAAGAUGAUUCAUUGAUAAAUUCCUAAUCGGUUCGAGUGUCAAUCAAAACGUACAUUCUAAAUCAUGUCCGUGAACGGCUUAUCAGCCUUUACACGUAACAAAGCGAUAUGGGUUCGCAUAACGUCGCUCGCGUUUUUACACGUAAAAUAAAUCGAGAUACAUAUAUAAGAUAUACAUUCAAAAUCGCAAUUCUUUUGUGGAAAAACUAAGAGAAGAAUUUAUCUUGUCCCUUAAAAUAUUAUACGAACUAUCCUUAACACAUAUCUUUUUUUCCAUCAUUCGAAGAAGAAACUAAGAGGUUCAUUCGAGCGUUCUGUUUCUGGUGGACCAGCCUGUACAUAAAUCUCAUCUAUCGACCGGUGCACGUGUGCGUGAAAUAAAAUCUUAGUAGGUCAGAGUUACCUACGUGGAAAAAUUCAUUAAUAUACACGCUUAAAAUGACUUUUAAGAAAAGAUUCGCUAUUCUGUACAUGUUGGUGACUGUACCACAGCUUCUUCCAUGGAAUACAAAAGAGACACUCGUAGAAGUUUUGUCCUGGUGCCACUUAAUCGGCGCCGUUAGUCCGUGGAUUGGAUCCUUCCUGUAUCACCUCUUCAUGAACGUAAACUACGACGAAGUUUUCUACAGAACAUUGCUGAAAGUCGACAUGAUCGGCAUAUGGCUGUGCCAGAGUUUCGGAGCUAUACCGAUGAUGGCAGCCGCUGUUCAUUGCCUUGCCGAUAUCGUUUGGUAUUGCUGCAUUUUUAUUUAUUGUUCCCUUAGUAUCUGGGGACUUUUAAAGGCAAUGACUGCGAGAUCACCAUGGGAAAGGCGUUUAUGUUUUGCCCCUCCUUUCCUAAUGAGAAUGCUGAUCAUGACAUUGAGGUGUUUUGGCAUUGGUGGUGGAUCACCCGAGGCUCUUAUUCAUAUAAUAUUACAGGAUCUCAUAGCUGUGAUAGGUGCAACCAUUGGCGCUCUUCGCAUUCCAGAAAAGUGGAUUCCCGGCAGAUUGGAUUUAGUGCUGAAUUCCCAUAACGUGAUGCAUGUAAUGGUCGUCCUAGCGGUAUGUUCCAUGCAUACCGCAACCUUGAAGGACCUCGCCUGGAUGUCCGAUCCGUCUACGUGCAAUAAAACAAGCUCUCUUCCUUCGGGUCGCGAAGAAUUAUGA